CGAGCUGUCAAACAGCGGCCGAGCACACACACAACGUUGUUCGUUCUUUUCUGUCAAUACGCCAGUGCAGGCGUGUAGUGUUUUUAAAAGUUGGUCCACGAAAAUCACUAAACAUCCAAAAUGGUCAACUUCACCGUCGACGAAAUCCGUGGCCUGAUGGACAAGAAGCGUAACAUUCGCAACAUGUCCGUCAUCGCCCACGUCGACCAUGGUAAAUCCACUCUGACUGACUCGCUGGUGUCCAAGGCUGGUAUCAUUGCUGGUGCCAAGGCCGGUGAGACGCGUUUCACCGAUACGCGUAAGGACGAACAGGAGCGUUGCAUUACCAUCAAGUCGACUGCCAUCUCCAUGUACUUCGAGGUUGAGGACAAGGAUUUGGUGUUCAUCACCCAUGCCGAUCAGCGUGAGAAGGAGUGCAAGGGUUUCUUGAUCAAUCUGAUCGAUUCACCCGGUCACGUUGAUUUCUCCUCGGAAGUGACAGCCGCUCUGCGCGUCACCGAUGGUGCGCUCGUCGUCGUCGAUUGCGUGUCUGGUGUGUGCGUCCAAACGGAGACUGUGCUGCGUCAGGCCAUCGCUGAGCGUAUCAAGCCCAUUCUGUUCAUGAACAAGAUGGACCGUGCUCUGCUCGAACUGCAAUUGGACGCUGAGGAACUGUACCAGACCUUCCAGCGUAUUGUGGAGAAUGUGAACGUCAUUAUUGCCACCUACAAUGACGAUGGCGGUCCAAUGGGAGAGGUCCGUGUUGAUCCAUCGAAGGGUUCGGUCGGUUUCGGUUCGGGUCUGCACGGAUGGGCCUUCACCCUCAAGCAGUUCUCUGAGAUGUACUCCGAGAAAUUCAAGAUCGAUGUUGUCAAGCUAAUGAACCGUCUGUGGGGUGAGAACUUCUUCAAUGCCAAGACCAAGAAGUGGCAGAAGCAAAAGGAGGCCGACAACAAGCGCUCCUUCUGCAUGUACAUCUUGGAUCCCAUCUACAAGGUGUUCGAUGCCAUCAUGAACUACAAAAAGGAGGAGAUCCCUGUGUUGCUAGAGAAAAUCGGUGUGACGCUGAAGCACGAGGACAAGGAUAAGGAUGGCAAGGCGCUGUUGAAGACUGUGAUGCGCACCUGGUUGCCAGCCGGUGAGGCUUUGCUUCAGAUGAUUGCCAUUCACUUGCCCUCGCCUGUGGUGGCCCAAAAAUACCGUAUGGAGAUGUUGUACGAGGGUCCCCAUGACGAUGAGGCCGCCGUCGCUGUAAAGAACUGCGAUCCCGAUGGCCCUCUGAUGAUGUACAUUUCUAAAAUGGUGCCGACCUCCGAUAAGGGUCGUUUCUAUGCCUUCGGUCGUGUGUUCUCCGGCAAGGUUGCCACUGGCCAGAAGUGCCGCAUCAUGGGCCCCAACUAUGUGCCCGGCAAGAAGGAGGAUUUGUACGAGAAGGCCAUUCAGCGUACCAUUUUGAUGAUGGGUCGCUAUGUGGAGGCCAUCGAGGAUGUGCCCUCUGGCAACAUUUGCGGUCUGGUUGGUGUUGAUCAGUUCUUGGUCAAGACUGGUACCAUUACCACAUUCAAGGAUGCGCACAACAUGAAGGUCAUGAAGUUCUCCGUAUCGCCUGUCGUGCGUGUGGCUGUGGAGCCCAAGAACCCUGCCGAUUUGCCCAAACUUGUGGAGGGUCUGAAGCGUUUGGCCAAAUCCGAUCCUAUGGUGCAAUGUAUCAUUGAAGAGUCUGGCGAGCAUAUCAUUGCCGGUGCCGGUGAAUUGCAUUUGGAAAUUUGCCUGAAGGAUUUGGAAGAAGAUCACGCUUGCAUCCCACUAAAGAAGUCCGACCCUGUUGUGUCUUAUCGCGAAACUGUCUUCGAGGAAUCCAACCAAAUGUGCUUGUCCAAGUCCCCCAACAAGCACAACCGUCUGCUGAUGAAGGCUCUGCCUAUGCCCGACGGUCUGCCCGAGGACAUUGACAAUGGCGAUGUCAGUUCCAAGGAUGAUUUCAAGGUGCGCGCCCGCUACCUGGCUGAGAAGUACGAUUACGAUGUGACCGAGGCCCGUAAGAUCUGGUGCUUCGGCCCCGACGGUACCGGCCCCAACUUCAUCCUCGAUUGCACCAAAUCCGUGCAAUACUUGAACGAAAUCAAGGACUCCGUGGUCGCUGGCUUCCAGUGGGCCUCCAAGGAGGGCAUCAUGGCCGAUGAGAAUAUGCGUGGUGUGCGCUUCAACAUCUAUGAUGUCACCCUGCACGCUGAUGCCAUCCAUCGUGGUGGUGGCCAGAUCAUUCCAACCACGCGUCGUUGCCUGUACGCAGCCGCCAUCACCGCCGGCCCACGUCUCAUGGAACCCGUGUAUCUGUGCGAAAUCCAAUGUCCCGAAGUCGCUGUUGGUGGCAUCUACGGUGUGCUCAACAGACGUCGUGGCCAUGUCUUCGAGGAGGCUCAAGUCGUGGGUACCCCCAUGUUCGUGGUCAAGGCCUACUUGCCUGUCAACGAAUCCUUCGGCUUCACCGCCGAUCUCCGCUCCAACACCGGUGGCCAGGCCUUCCCACAGUGCGUCUUCGAUCACUGGCAAGUGCUGCCCGGUGACCCGUGCGAGCCCUCAAGCAAACCCUACCAAAUUGUGCAAGACACGCGUAAACGCAAGGGUCUCAAGGAGGGUCUGCCCGAUUUGGCCCAGUAUUUGGACAAGUUGUAAGCGAGAACAACAACAACAACAUCGAGGUUGUGCCGCCGGCUGAGCGAACAAACAAUAGAGGCGGCAUGUGGCCGGAACAAACAACAGCAGCUUUGCAACAAACAACAGCAAACAAUACACGUUUAAAGAAAUUUUGAUGAUUAUUAAUUGUAUAACAGUGAAAACACAACAACAAAAUAAAUCAAGUAAAUGAUUAUUA